CAGGACGCCUGGUCUGCCCUGUGGGUCCUGGACGGAGCCCCCACCUCUGCAAAGAUGACUUGGAAACAGGCCCUCCUGCUGUCUUGCUUCUCCGCCGUGGUGCUCCUGUCUAUACUGAGAGAGGGAACCGGUGCAUCUGUGGGCACCACACAGGCGGCGGAAGAAGAGGUGAGUGAAGAUGCAAAACAGAAGAUUUUCAUGCAGGAAUCAGAUGCCUCGAAUUUCCUCAAGAGGCGCGGCAAGCGGUCCCCCAAGUCCCGAGAUGAGGUCAAUGCGGAAAACAGGCAGAAGCUUCGGGCUGAUGAGCUGCGGAGAGAAUAUUACGAGGAACAAAGGAAUGAAUUUGAGAACUUUGUGGAGGAACAAAACGAUGAGCAGGAAGAGAGGAGCCGGGAGGCUGUGGAGCAGUGGCGCCAGUGGCACUAUGACGGCCUGCACCCAUCCUAUCUCUACAAUCGCCACCACAUCUGAUCGCGUCGUGAAGCCAGCCAAGAAGAUGAAGCUUGUAGCACACAUUGGCAUCCCCGUGUUCCAGCAACCUUUCCCAUGCAAACUGGCCCUUUAGAGGGUCUUGGCCUGGGGUCUGCAGUGGCCGGCAGGCCUGGAAAAGACACAUGCCUUUCCUUCCAGUAUAUGAAAGUGCCCUGACUUUCACCUCUUUGCAGACCGUCUUCUGAGGUGAGCAACUGCCUGCAGGGCCUCCUAGCACCAAACCUACAGCGGCUUCCCCUGGCUUCGUUCCCAGGCAAAAGAAUCACAGUCAAGAAUCACAUAUUUGCUUAUGGCUUACAAAUAAAAACGCUGAAUCAAC